AUGACCACCUCGGCAGAUCGCAUCGCUGCUCGGCUCGUGCAUCAUAUCGACAAUGCUCCUGAAAGGCGGAUGAUCAUGCAGACAGCGCGAUUGGAGGAUUUCCCAAGACGGUUGGACGGUAAUGCCAGUCUCCGGGACUCUAUUGCCCUUCUCUGCUCUGUGUGGGCAUCCUACCGCUCCAAGACACCAAGUACCGAGUUCAUCAGUAUGCCUUUGUAUGGCAAGGCUAUUCGCAGCUUAUCCCGUACGCUUGAGACAGAUCACGCCAUCUCCGUGGAGACUUUAGCAUCUAUUGCCAUCCUGCAGAGAACAGAAGACCUCUUUGACCCCGGAGAUCGUCGUUUCAUACAUGAGAAAGGGAUCGCCAGUCUGCUGGCCAGGCUCGGUCCUCCUAAGCCGGAUGAUAAAUUCUAUUCAAGUCUAUUGUGUGAAUGCUAUUCAAUAUUGGUACCAUAUUGGGUCAAAACCGGUUGGAAUACCAUGUUGGAUGAUCCAGCCUGGAAGGCCGCCAUUGUAGCCUGCAUGACGGAUUAUAUUGGAAUUCAAGAGUUGCAGCCAAUGUUAGCCUCCUCUCUCACGCAAUACAACCAUGUCUCUCAGAGGCUGCCCGAGAUUAUGCGUGGAAUGAAGGCCAUCAACACCCCAUCUGACAAAGCCCCGGGAUUCGAUGUAUCAUCGCUGGUUUCGAAGAUGGCCACUGAGCUCCGUGAUAUGGAAGCUGCAGCAGGGGAAACCAGCUCCUCGGCAAUGGCUAAGGCGAUGGAACUGGGGGCUGUGACUGAGGUAGACGAUCCAACCUUUAUUCACGGGACUUGCUAUCACUUUUCGUCGACCAACCUGGUCCAAUCUCUGAUUUCGUUUGUCAGCCUUCACCUGUGUCUCCUUCAGUUGCGCUACAAGUGGAGUUCUGCCUACCGGCUUUCUGAUUCACAAGCUCUAUACGCUUCCUUCCAGACAAGGUGUCAUCAAUUGUGGAAAUUCAUCCCGUUCGUGCGAAGGGUGAAGCUGUUCCUUGCCAACAUCCACCAAGAUGCCUUUGCGCUGACUCUCGAAAUCGCCAACCAGAGGGAGAAAAGGUAUCUUUUGGAUUUGUUUAAAGAAUUGGACAGCUACGCACCUGGAAGAUUUGAGGCUUUGAUAACAGCAUCCUAG